CCCAGGGAGGCAGCAGCCACCAGGAUGUCCAUGCUCAGCAUCUACCCCCAGAGACCCGAGGCCCUGCGCUCACCCUCCCGGGCCACCCCCGAAUCUCCAGGCUGCCAGCGACGCCACACCCUCCCUGCCAGUGAGUUCCGCUGCCUCAGCCCCGAAGAUGCGGUCAGCGUGUUUGAGAUCGAGCGCGAAGCGUUCAUCUCUGUGUCAGGCAGCUGCCCCCUGUUCCUGGACGAGAUCCGGCACUUCCUGACCCUGUGUCCAGAACUGUCUCUGGGUUGGUUCCAGGAGGGCCGCCUGGUGGCUUUCAUCAUCGGCUCGCUCUGGGACAAGGAGAGACUCACGCAGGAGUCACUGACGCUGCACAGGCCCGGAGGCCGCAUGGCACACCUGCACGUGUUGGCCGUGCACCGCGCCUGCCGGCAGCAGGGCAAGGGCUCGGUGCUGCUGUGGCGUUACCUGCAGCACCUGGGCCGCCAGCCGGCUGUGCGCCGGGCUGUGCUCAUGUGUGAGGACGGCCUGGUGCCCUUCUAUGAGAGGUUUGGUUUCCGUGCCGUGGGCCCGUGUGCGGUCACCGUGGGCUCCCUCGCCUUUACCGAGCUCCAGUGCUCUGUGCGGGGCCAUGCCCGCCUGCGCAGGAAUAGCGGCUGCUGA